AUGAAUUAAAGCACUAUAAUAGAUGACUUGAAUGGAUCAAAUGUUUCAAGACUUUUAAGACAAAUAAAAGAGAGUAUAUAUUAAUUUGAAUAUUAGUAACAUAAGAUGAAUUGUAUGAAGAAAUGACAUAAUUGAAAACAAGAGUGUUAGGAUUAUUAAAAGAUUAUUAAUCUUCUUUAUAGUAAAAAGAGAAUAUUAGAUAAUUAAAUCAAUAAAUACGUAAGGAUGUAACAAACAUCAGCAAUGAUUAUAGUUAAAUUGUUGAAAAGAUGAACUAGAGUGUUGAUUGCACAUUUGUAUCGAUUGAGAGUAUCACACCAUUUUAAAAGAAUGAAAAAGUAACGAUUUACGAAUUUAUAAGGAAAUGAAUA